GAAUAAGGGUAAUUUAGUGAACGCAUAAGAUGGUGGAGCGCGAAUUGUGCUGCCUAACAGUUAAAAGGAAGAAGAAAAAGAAAUUCAGUCUCCAUGCUACUACUUCAUAAUUGCCUACGUUUUAUUACUUGUGUACCGUCUGGCUCUCUAGGCAGCCAGCCGCACUCUCCUCUCUAUCGAUCAUUAGCAUCAAUGGAUAAUUCAAUUUGUACGCUAUUAUUAUCAGGAAAAUCCACAGCAGAGAAUGAAAUCGCUCAAUCUCUGAAGCAAAAUGGCAGCUCUAUAAAACUCCCUGACAACACCCGAGUAUCUUUACUCUUGGAAUCAGAGAUUUCCGAGCCGGAAAAAGAAGCUUCUUUCGAUCGUCAACUUUUCUUUAACAACCUUUCAACUAAUCAAUUCGGUCGGUUACUUAUUUGGUCUCCGCGCUUAACUUCCACGCACGAUGUCGUCUCACACAAUUUCUCCGAGCUUCCAAUUGGUACUGUUUGUGUUGCUGAUAUUCAGUCUAAAGGAAGAGGUCGCUCGAAGAACGUGUGGGAAUCUCCAAAGGGAUGCCUAUUGUUUUCUUUCAGUGUUCAGAUGGAGGACGGCCGUGUUGUGCCUUUGUUGCAAUAUGUAGUUUCUCUAGCAGUUACUGAGGCAAUAAAAGAUAUUUGUCACAAAAAAGGCUUACCAUUUCUAGAUGUUAAAAUAAAAUGGCCAAAUGACCUUUACUUAAAUGGCCUAAAAGUUGGCGGCAUCCUAUGCACUUCAACGUAUAAAUCAAAGAAGUUCAAUGUCAGUGCUGGUAUAGGUUUGAACGUUGAUAAUGAGAAACCAACAACAUGCUUGAAUGCAGUACAAAGAGAAUUGUCUCCUGCUGCUUCACAAUUAAGAAGAGAAGAAAUUCUCACUGCAUUCUUUAACAAAUUUGAAAGUCUCUAUGAUCUUUUCUUAAAUCAAGGAUUCCAAUCUCUUGAGGAGCUGUAUUACAGAACAUGGCUACACAGUGGGCAGAGAGUCAUCGUACAAGAAAACAGUGGGGAUCAAAUGGUGGAGAAUGUGGUUACUAUUCAGGGAUUGACAUCCUCAGGAUAUUUGCUAGCUAUUGGUGAAGACAAUGUGAUGUGUGAACUUCAUCCUGAUGGCAAUAGUUUUGACUUCUUCAAAGGACUAGUCAGAAGGAAACUGGAAUGAAGAUUCCUCAGCACCUUCAACUGAAGGCAGCAUCAACUCUCCUGUGGGAACAUGUGCAGAACGGGGGAUGUUUUAUGGACAUCAGAUUUUGCUUUUUGUUCUAAGACUUAUUAAUUUAACCCAAAAUUUUUGUUUUAUUUUGAGGUAGAUUCUUAAAUUGAGACCCUAUAACACUUCUUCUUUGCCUCUUUUUUAGCACAUACCUUUGCUUCAUUAAUCAAGUUAGAUUUUGUAAAAUAUGACCACUGUACCACAUAUUGUACUGUUGCAAAACUUAUAUCACAUUUAUUUAGUUGAUUUUCCAGUAUGUAGAUCUUGAGUCAAGAUCUAUCAAUUAAUCUAAUCAUUUGUUGAAA